GAUGUUUGGUCGACCGGUUAAGUGUCGUCCUUGUCGACCCAAAGGCAAUGUUCGUCGUGGCGGCCCAAAUCAAGGGCCGCGGGAUGAGAAUAGUAAUCCUAGCUAUAAUCGCUGGGGAAAUUGGGGAGAAUCAGGAGCUAGUGAUACGCAACACGAUUGACUUUCGGGUCAAAGCGGACCUAAUGAUGCCAUGAGACAUUUCCAGCUUUCAAAAGCCCAAGAAGAAGGUAGACAAUUACAUGUUAGUGGAUUGCCUAGGAUGCUUGAUCAAUCGGAGAAUGAAUUGGAGAUACGAUCCAUUUUUAAGAAUUUCGCAAUGUAAGUUUUGCCCCUCGAAUAGAUAAACUUAGCAUGGUCUAAAGCGUUUUAGCGAUGUAGUAAGUAAGAGCGUGAGCCCUCGUGACAAUAACCUGGAUGAUCAACGGCGAAAGUUUUGCUUUGUUGAUUUCACCACUCGUGAGGAAGCUCAAGCAGCUAUGAAAGCUAUCGAUGGAACAAUUUACAGAGAUGCGCCGUUGAAAGUCUCGAUGGCAAUUCCAAAAUCCGAAAGACAUGGAAAUACGUAUGACAAUAGGAAGGAUGGGGCGGACAGAAACUUUCGAUAGGGAUGAGUGGACAACCCUAUGAAGGGAUCCAUUGAAGAAUAUAUCUAACCACUCUAAAUUCGUCAAUCAUCGUUCCACACGCUGUGAUAUUUAUUUCAUAUUGUACGAUUUGUUUUA